AUGCCUAGUGAGGCUGCGAGGCUUUACUUUGUCACGCUCCGAGGCCGGAAGCAGAUGAUGCUCGUGACAUUCCAGAUUGCACCUAGUAUUGCACCUAGUGUAAGCUACUGCCAGCAGGAAAGCCUCCAAGUAGAGGUCAGCCACGCACAGCAGAGCGUAAGCAGUCAGCUGCAGACGCUGAUGCCAUGCGGCGUGGACAAGUCAAGCUCUCGAGGUGUGCGACAGCUUGACAGCUUCCUGGAUGUCAGAGGCAGAAGCAGUGGCGAUGCUGAAUUGUUAUUUCAAAGGGCGAAGAAGAAUCAAGAAGAGCUUCGAAGGAGUAAUCCUCAGAACCCUGUCCUGAGAGAUGAAGAUGAGAGGUUUCUCGAGCGAACUUUAUCACAAGAAAGACCUCCGCCUCUCCCGGCGAGGCCCCAGGUGACAGCAGUAACGGAUGAAGGCGAAGAAAGGCCAGCGUCGCGAAAGGAAGAAAGCAAGGCCCAGGAUGGCGAUAUCAUCGUGCCAGAGACGCAGCCCAAGUCUCCGGUAUCUCCAAGUGACGCCAAAAAGCCGAAAGACAACCCACUGCCUAGUCAAGAAGAGGCCGAAGCAGUUACGCGAAGCUGGAAUAGCGCUGUCAAACUCGACGACGAUCAACCUCAUGAGAAGCGGACAUGGGCCUCCUACAUCCCAAAUGCGAUGCGACCAGCAUCUUCGAAAGAAUCAUCCACCGACCAGCAACCCGACCAGCGCACAUGGACCGAGUUCGCGGCCUCGUACGUGCCCACGCGAGAAUCUCUCCCUGCAUGGCUUGAUCCUGCAAAUUGGAAGCCAAAGGAUCCAGACGCCAAGCCCGAGCCAGUCUUGAACGAAGACGGCAGUAUCAAUGAAGAGAAGACGAAAGAGAAGCAAGAGAAGGAGGUCUCGGUCUUGCUUGACAACCUCAAUAUGUCUACAGUCAACAACCGCGUCUUUGCUUUCUCUAAAGAGACUGAGAAGUACUAUGAGCGGUUUGCACAAUGUUUGAAGGACACUAUGAAUGGUGUGCCGACUGCAUACGAUGACAUGGACAAGCUGAUGAGGGAAGCUGGACCUACGCUCGAGAAACAGUUCAAGAGCAUGCCGCCGUUCGUGCAGACUUUGGUCAAGAGCCUGCCUGCUAAGCUGGGCGCCAGCCUUGCACCAGAACUCUUGGCCGCAUCGAGUGAAAAGCCUGGCGCUGACGCAAAAGUGAAGCUCGAAGAAGCCAGCAAGAAGUCUGCACAAUCUGGCGCAGGCGUGAAUACACCGAGUGGUAGCAAGGAGAAAUCUAAGAGGAAGGUACCUGGCAUGAAGAAAUUGGUGCAAGGUGGACAAGUCUUGAUGUUCGUCUUCUGGUACUGUCACAAACGAGGCAGAGAAACCCGCCUCGCCAAAGAAAGAGAAGCCGACAUCGCAUCUAUGGAUGGGCAGGCAGACGAUGAUGACGAAAAUGAUGUCUCUGAUUCUGACCAGAGCGAUCCGGAUACCAUGAAAAUGGAUGACAUUCUGAAUCAGCCCAAUCCUUCCGAGGUUCCUCUGCCCAAGACUGAUACAGGUUUGGAGGAGAAAUAA